AUGUACAAAGGGUGGACUUGGGAGAACCUGCGGAAGGCUAACUGGGUAUAUGAGAGCGACCCGUUGGAUUAUCACAAGCAAAUGUUUUGUCCCAACUGCAGUAGAGAGUUUCCUACAAUCGAGGCCAUUACCCUGCACUUGAAUUCUCAGUCUACCUGUUGGCCACACGAGGAACGUCCGCAUCAAUUCCCUGUUCCCCCUGGGUUGCGAGGUUCCCAAUCAUCAAAACCUUCUACCACUACUGGUUAUUGUCAUCCGCACUCGGGAUAUGUCUUUGGUGUUGGCAAGAACCUGUUUGACAGGCUGCAAGACGAUCAGUAUAAUUAUCGGCGAGAAAUAAAUACGUAUUACCCUUUCCAUGAUGAAGGAGAAUGGGAGUUGGCGAAGUUCUUGGUUGAAAACUUAACUCAAGCUCAGAUUGACAAGUUUUUAAAGUUAAAAUGGUUUCACACUCGCCCAAAACCAUCCUUCACCUCCAAGGAGCAACUUCUAGAUUGGACCGAUGCACUGCCCUCUUUCGUGCCAUGGAAAGUUUCGAACCUAGAGUUUACGGGCUACAAGACGACUUAUCCCGUGCAACUUAUUUGGCGCGAUGCUCUAGAGGUUGUCAAACAACUUUUCAGCGAUCCGGUUUUCGCCAAUCACAUUACCUUCCAGCCACACGUAGUCAAUACAGGAAGUCAACGCGAGUAUGGAGAUUAUAUGAGUGCCGAUAUGGCAUGGAAAAUCCAGGACUAUCUGCCAGUAGGUGCUACGCAAGUACCUAUCAUCUUGGGAUCCGAUAAGACUCCUGUCACGCGGAUUACUGGAGGGCUCGAGAUGCACCCACUUUUCAUCACCAUCGGUAACAUCGAUUCGGAGGUUCGCUCCAAGGCCACCCUACGAGCUUGGCGCUGUAUCGCCUACAUGCCUGUUAGUAAGUUUCGCGUGCAUCCCGACUAUCAGACCAUUCUUCAGGCACGGCUAUGGCAUAAGUGCGUUGAUCUCGUCUGCGCCAACCUGAAGGUUGCAGCGAGUGAUGGCUGUUUUAUGCCUGAUCCUUCCCGACAUAUUCGAUAUGUCUUUACACCACUUAUCGCCCAUGUAUGCGACCUUCCCGAGGCCUCCAUGAUCGCUGCAAUUGAUCCUUGGGAUCUCGACAAAUUUCAGAAGGCAGCAAAAGCUGCCCAUCUGUCUGGGGUCCACAUGCCAUAUUGGCUUGAUUGGUCGUUUUCGUGUCCAUCCGUCUUUCUCGCUGGCGAAGUUUUACAUACCCUCCAUAAGUUUUUUGCAGAUCAUCCACUCAAAUGGAUCAAGGAGAUAGUAGGAAAAACUGAGCUCGACACCCGCUUCAUUAUUCAGCACAAACGGGUAGGGACGCACCACUUUACUAAAGGCAUCACGCACGUCAACCAAAUGACUGGGCGUGAGCAUCGUGAUAUUCAACGCACCAUUGUUGCUUCAAUUGCAGGCGCUGCUCCACCUAGAUUCGUUCGUGCAAUCCGCGCUCUCAUAGAUUUCAUCUAUUAUGCUCAAAAUCCAGUCCAUUCUCCCGAAUCCUUACAGUCGAUGGUGCAGGCACUCUCUGAUUUUCAUGCAUUCAAGGAUGCUAUCAUCGAGGCCAAGGCGAGGAGGGGGAAGAAGGGCGCCAAAGAAGACUUUUUCAUCCCCAAGCUCGAGUUACUCCAAAGCUUCAGAGGCACGAUUGAGAGACUGGGUACCUUGAUGCAGUUUUCAGCCGAUAUGACGGAGCGCUUGCUCAUCACUCACUGCAAGGAUCUCUUUGCCCGAACAAGUCAACGAGUGAAUGAUUUCACGGAGCAGAGUCAAUGGAAUUGUUCAACCUGCGCGCUGAUCACUUCCCAUGGCGCAUCGCUCGUCAACGCCAUAAGCCUUGAAGAUGAGGAAGUGACGACCGUCAACCCAGCACUCUCCUGGGUUUCUCGUAUACUCCCCGAUGAAGCAUAUUCUGUCCAUGGACCUCGACGAGUCCGUAAUCAUUUUCACAAGGGCAUUCUUUCUGGAGACGCUCUCACUGCCUUCCAUUUAACUUCAACACCAGAUCUCAAGUCCCUGUCGCCCGUCGAUAUUCUCACCAAAUACGCACUCGUUGAUUUUGAUCACGCAGUCUCCCAGUUCAUCCAGCGUUCUUCCCUCUCCAGUGGCGAGAAUACUCGCUGGGACCACAAACAUGGACGCUUUUACGCGUGGAACAAAUUUCGAUUGCAACUUCACUCUGCCUUCCGGCCUCGAGUGAUCAUGCCAAGCAGAGUGAUCCAAUCAUACCCGCCCAGUGACAUAUUUCCCCUCGGGAACUGUGAUACCGUCCUUGUCGAUGUUACGGGUGAUGACGGCCAAAUUACAAGUCGCGUCGCCCAAGUUCGACUUAUUUUUCAGCCCAAGGUUCCACGUGCUUCCAACCUGGUUCUUCCAACAUACCUUUCCAGUCCGCUCCUCUACAUACAAUAUUUCGACUUCGUCGCCAAUCCCAAUGAUCGUCCUGAACUCGCGAUGUGGACAGUAGAGCGGUCAUAUGUGGUGGACCAACAUGGCAAACGCUAUAGGCAUGGUGGUGUGGUGUUAUUGACAGAUGUAACACAUGCUGUUGAAUUGAUACCAGAAUACGGUGAGAAGGUCAACAAGGACAUUUCUGCGACGACGUGUUUGGAGUCCUAUGACCGUACAGAGUUCGCGUAG